AUGGCGGACCAAAAUAUUUCGCAGUACAAAUACUCGGCGAUGUCCAACCUGGUUCUCCAGGCGGACCGUCGUUUCAUUUCUCGCGUCAACGAUGAACCCACUGGAGACCCGGAAUCUCUGGCAGGCCGCAUUACUAUCCGAGAAAUGGGCGGUAGAAUUGCGCAUGACGAUGCGCCAAAGUUGAAGAAGAAAACUACUGGGCCGACAGAUAUCGAACGAGGUGCAAUUCGAGAGGGUGAGGACGUGCUUGCCCGCGAACAGAGAAAACGCCAACGGGGCCAACCAGCACAACUCCGAGGCCAAGGGAUUCUCUCAGCUGCUGAUGCUGUGGUUGAAGGCCUGAAAUACCGUCCUCGCACUCCUGCCACCCGCGCUACGUACGAUCUCAUCCUUACUAUGACUGCAGGCCAUCUUGGCGACGUCCCCCAUGAAGUGGUUCGAAGUGCUGCCGACGCCGUAUUGGAGCUUCUUAAGGACGAAGAAAUGAAAGAGUUUGAUAAGAAAAAGGAGGUUGAUGACUUACUCGGUAGCUCCAUGAACCCUAAAGAGUUCAAUGAGCUCAUGAACCUGAGCAAGAAAAUUACGGACUACGAUGCACAGGACGAUGACGAAGAAAUGGGCGGAGGAUUGGAAGGUGAGGCGGGCGAAGAACUCGAUGAAAGGCAAGGCGUUGCCGUUGUCUUCGAUGAAGAAGAGGAAGAGGAUGAGCGUAUGGGCACUGUCGAUGAAAUUCGGGAUGAAGAUUCGGAUGAAGAAGAUCUGGACGAGCAAGACGCACCAGGUAUUGGUGAAGUAACGACUGAAAAGGCAGACCUUGAUAACGUUGAUGAUGCCGACGAAAUGAUAAUAGAUGGCGGCGUAUCUCGUGGCGAGGGCCGUCGAGAUAAGGGACUGAGUGUUCCUGCCCGGGAAAUUGACGCCUAUUGGCUUCAGCGCGAGAUCGGAGGUGCCUAUUCGGAUGCUCAUAUACAGCAGGAAAAGGCCACCGAAGCUUUCGAGAUCCUUGGUGGCAAGGGGGAGGAUGGUGCAGAGAAGUCGCUACGAGACGUCGAAAACGAUCUUAUGGACCUGUUUGACUACGAUCAUCCCAAUCUUGUUGCAAAAUUGGUAACAAACCGAGAUAAGAUUGUCUGGGCCACACGAUGGCGAAGGGUGGCCGAAGAUUCGGAUGCGCGCCACCUUGUCGAAAGCGAAAUGGUCGAAGCUGGACAUCGCUCUAUACUGGACGAAAUCCGGGGCAAGACGGUCCGCAUUGAUGGGGCAUCCCGUCCGGAGAGGAAGAUCAAGCUUGAUCUGAUGGACGUCGAUGUACCAAACGCACCUUCUGACGAAAAACCGACCGAGGGCGGCGCUGUUGGCGGUCUCCAGCCGCAGAGGCUGAUUAACUUGGAAAAUCUCGUCUUCCACCAAGGUAACCAUCUGAUGACAAACCCCAGCGUCAAACUACCACAGGGUUCCACCAAACGCACCUUCAAAGGGUACGAAGAAAUUCAUGUGCCGCCACCGAAACCCAAGAGAGACCCAGGCGAGAAGAAUAUUCCAGCUACAGAGCUGCCCGAGUGGGCCCGUGUCGGCUUUGGAAGCUCAAAAGAGCUUAACCGCAUACAAACCAAGUGUUUCCCAACUGCCUUCCACGAUGAUGGGAAUAUGCUUGUCUGCGCCCCGACAGGGUCCGGAAAGACUAACGUCGCCAUGCUCACUAUUCUGCGCGAGAUUGGGAAGAAUCGCAACCCGGAGACAGGGGAAGUAAUGCUGGACGACUUCAAAAUAGUCUACAUUUCGCCCUUGAAAGCUUUGGUUCAGGAGCAAGUAGGAAAUCUCGGCGCGCGUCUUGAGCCUUACGGCAUCAAGGUGGCCGAGCUGACCGGUGACCGCCAACUCACGAAGCAGCAAAUCGCUGAAACCCAGAUUAUUGUUACAACCCCCGAGAAAUUCGACGUUAUCACAAGAAAAGCCUCUGAAACAAGCUAUACCAAGCUCGUGCGUCUAGUCAUCAUCGAUGAGAUCCAUCUUCUCCACGACGAGCGAGGUCCCGUAAUCGAAAGCAUUGUGAGCAGGAUUAUUCGUAAUGGGGAGCAGACUGGCGAUCAAGUGCGCCUUGUUGGUCUCAGUGCCACUCUCCCCAAUUAUCGUGACGUGGGAAGCUUCCUGCGAGUGGAUCCUAUCAAAGGUCUGUACCAUUUUGAUGGGUCCUAUAGGCCAUGCCCUCUGAAGCAGGAAUUCAUUGGUGUUACCGAUAAAAAGGCCAUCAAACAAUUGAAAACUAUGAACGAUAUCUGCUACAACAAAGUCCUCGAGCAGGUUGGGCAACGGAGGAACCAGAUGCUGAUCUUCGUCCAUUCCCGAAAAGAAACAGCUAAGACCGCCAAGUACAUCAGGGAUAAAGCACUGGAGAUGGAAACUAUCGGACAAAUUCUACGGAGUGAUGCUGCUAGCAGAGCCAUCUUAGCUGAAGAAGCCGAAUCUGUUGACGAUGCUUCACUUAAAGACCUCUUGCCAUAUGGGUUUGGUAUUCAUCAUGCUGGACUGAGCCUGGCUGACCGUGACUCGGUUCAAGCCCUCUUCAGUGAUGGAAGCAUUCAAGUCUUGGUUUGUACGGCUACUCUUGCCUGGGGUGUUAACCUUCCUGCCCAUACAGUUAUCAUCAAGGGUACUCAGAUCUAUUCCCCGGAGAAAGGUAGCUGGGUUGAGCUUAGUCCUCAGGAUGUCCUGCAGAUGCUGGGACGAGCUGGACGACCACAGUAUGACACCUUUGGCGAAGGAAUUAUCAUUACCUCACAAACCGAGAUCCAGUACUAUCUUUCACUUAUGAACCAACAAUUGCCUAUCGAGAGUCAGCUCAUGAGUAAACUGGCUGAUAACAUGAAUGCCGAAAUUGUUCUUGGGAACAUCCGAACGCGAGAUGAGGGUGUUGACUGGCUAGGUUACACCUACUUGUUUGUGCGCAUGCUUCGCUCUCCUGGUCUAUAUAGCGUCGGAGCAGAUUAUGAGAACGAUGAUGCCUUGGAACAGAAGCGAGUUGACCUCGUACACUCCGCUGCCGUCAUCUUGGAACGGGCGGGUCUUGUCAAAUACGAGAAAAAGACUGGCCGUCUGCAGUCUACCGAACUGGGUCGGAUUGCUUCGCAUUAUUACAUCGGCCAUAACUCGAUGCUGACGUACUCGCAACACAUCCAGCCAUCGAUUACCACCAUUGAGUUAUUCCGUAUAUUUGCUCUCAGCGACGAGUUCAAGUACAUCCCAGUCCGCCAAGAUGAGAAACUUGAGUUGGCAAAGCUCUUGGGUCGCGUGCCCGUUCCGGUCAAGGAAGGCAUUGACGAGCCCCAUUCAAAGAUUAAUGUUCUCCUGCAGGCCUAUAUCUCGAGACUCAAGCUUGAAGGGCUUGCCUUGAUGGCAGACAUGGUGUAUGUCACCCAAUCCGCCGGCCGUAUCUUGAGGGCAUUAUUUGAAAUCACGUUGAAGAAGGGAUGGUCCUCCGUAGCGAAGACGGCUCUUGAUCUCUGUAAGAUGGCUGAAAAGCGGAUGUGGCCAACCAUGACACCACUACGCCAGUUCCCAUCUUGCCCGCGGGACAUUAUGCAGAAGGCUGAGAGGAUCGACGUGCCUUGGUCCAGCUAUUUCGACCUUGAUCCCCCCCGUAUGGGCGAGCUCUUGGGUAUGCCCAAGGCUGGACGAGUCGUUUGUGAUCUUGUUUCCAAAUUCCCACGCCUGGACGUGCAGGCCCAGGUGCAGCCUAUUACUCGCUCCAUGCUCCGCGUCGAAUUGACAAUCACACCAAAUUUCGUCUGGGAUGAGAGCGUGCAUGGUACCGCGCAGGACUUCUGGGUUUUGGUCGAAGACUGUGACGGCGAAGACAUCCUGUUCCAUGACCAAUUCGUCCUACGGAUGGACUUUGCGCAGUCUGAAAUGAAUGAACAUCUUGUGGAGUUCACUGUGCCCAUUACCGAGCCUAUGCCUCCUAACUAUUUCAUCUCACUCGUCUCUGACCGUUGGAUGCACUCGGAAACUAAAAUCGCCGUCUCCUUCCAGAAACUGAUCCUUCCUGAACGCUUCCCGCCGCAUACGCCUCUGCUGGACAUGCAGCGCGCCCCAGUAAAGGCACUGAAGCGUGGAGAUUAUCAGCAAUUGUACCCUGACUGGCAGUACUUCAACAAGAUUCAGACGCAGACAUUCAAGUCCCUUUUCGAUACGAAUGACAAUGUCUUCAUUGGCGCUCCUCCCGGCAGCGGCAAGACUGUCUGUGCAGAACUUGCUUUGCUUCGCCAUUGGUCUACCGAAGAUGCCGGCCGGGCUGUUUACGUCAGUCCAUUCCAGGAGCUUGUUGAUCAGCGGCUGGCUGAUUGGGAGAACCGACUGGCCAAGGUUGCUGGUAGCAAGAAAAUCGUGAAACUCACUGGUGAGACAACAGCUGAUCUGAAGCUUUUGGAGCAUGCAGACCUGGUUCUCGCUACGCCCACUCAGUGGGACGUUCUCUCCAGACAAUGGCAUAGACGCAAGAACGUCCAAACUGUGAAAUUGUUCAUUGCGGAUGAGCUUCACAUGUUGGGAGGGUACGGUGGCUAUGUGUAUGAGGUGGUGGUGUCACGUAUGCAUUCUAUUGCACUUCAGCUAGAGAAUGGCUUGCGUCUUGUUGGGUUGAGCGUGCCUCUCGCCAAUGCUCGUGAUAUUGGCGAGUGGAUUGGUGCCAAUAAGCACACCAUAUACAACUUCAGCCCGCAUGCUCGCCAGGUGCCUCUCGAGCUCCACAUUCAAUCCUUUACCAUUCCUCAUUUCCCCUCCCUCAUGUUAGCAAUGGCCAGGCCAGCAUAUUUAUCGAUCAUGCAGCUGUCUCCGGACAAGCCCGCACUGGUUUUCGUGCCUUCUCGGAAACAGACUCGCUCAACAGCAAUGGACCUGUUAGCUGCUUGUGCCAUUGAUGGUGACGAGGAUCGGUUCCUUCAUGCUGAUGUCAACGAACUGGAGCCUCUUCUGAGCCGAGUUCAAGAGCGAACACUCGCCGAGUCGCUUUCUCAUGGCAUUGGAUACUACCACGAAGCAUUGAGUCCUUCGGAUAAGCGGAUCGUCUCCCACCUGUUUACCAUUGGUGCCAUCCAAGUGCUCCUUGCCUCACGUGAUGUUUGCUGGGAGAUCAACCUCACGGCGCAUCUAGUGAUUGUCAUGGGAACGCAGUUCUUCGAGGGCCGAGAGCAUCGGUAUAUCGAUUAUCCUGUCAGUGAGAUUUUGCAGAUGUUUGGCAAGGCUUCUCGACCUGGGGAAGAUAAGAUCGGGCGUGGCGUGCUGAUGGUUCCCGCUGUGAAGCGUGAAUAUUACAAAAAAUUCCUCAACGAAGCGCUGCCUGUCGAGAGCCAUCUACAGGUCUACUUGCACGAUGCUUUUGUGACGGAAAUGAGUACCAGGACAAUCACCUCAACUCAGGAUGCUGUUGACUGGAUGACGCACACUUACUUCUAUCGUCGUCUUUUUGCCAACCCUAGUUUCUACGGACUCAGUGACGUCAGCCACGAAGGUCUUAGCACGUUCUUGUCGGAACUAGUUGAGAACACGUUGAAGGAACUUGCAGAAGCCAAGAUCAUAGAUCUGGAUGAAGACGAUGAUAGCGUUUCUCCCUUGAAUGCAGCGAUGAUUGGAGCUUACUACAACAUCUCCUUCAUCACAAUGCAGACUUUCCUUCUUUCAUUGUCGGCUCGCACGAAACUGAAGGGCAUCCUCGAGAUUGUCACAUCUGCCACGGAGUUUGAGUCCAUUCAGAUGCGUCGCCACGAAGACCACAUCCUGCGUCGUGUCUAUGACCGAGUUCCGGUGAAAAUGUCCGAGCCCGCGUACGACUCACCACAUUUCAAGGCCUUUGUCCUGCUGCAGGCCCAUUUCUCGCGCAUGCAACUCCCGAUUGAUCUUGCCAAGGACCAAGAAGUUAUUGUUAGCAAAGUUUUGAAUUUGCUUAGCGCAUGUGUGGACGUUCUUUCAUCGGACGGACAUUUGAACGCCAUGAAUGCCAUGGAGAUGUCACAGAUGGUUGUUCAAGCCAUGUGGGAUCGGGAUAGCCCUCUGAAACAAAUCCCUCACUUCGGACCCGAUGUUAUCAACGUGGCUAAAGAAUACAACAUCAAUGACAUUUUCGAGUUUAUGGAGGCUAUGGAUCCUUCCGAAAACAAGGACUACUCUACUUUGGUCAAACGUCUCGGGCUCGACAACAAGCAGCUAGCGCAAGCCGCAGCCUUUACUAACGAGAAGUACCCUAAUAUCGAUCUCGAUUUCCAGGUGGAGGACCCAGAGAAUAUUACCUCUGGUGAGCCGGCAUACCUCAAGGUCAAGAUUGAGCGGGAGGUCGAAGAGGAUGAAGAGCUCGAUACGACGGUCCACGCACCUUUCUACCCCAACAAGAAGAUGGAGAACUGGUGGCUGGUGGUGGGAGACGAGAAGACGAAGAGUUUGUUUGCCAUAAAGCGGGUAACCAUUGGCCACAAGCUGGAGCUGCGCUUGGAGUACAUCGUGCCCACACCGGGUGAGCACGAAUUGACCCUAUACCUGAUGAGUGACAGCUACGUGGGUGUGGACCAGGCCCCUACAUUCACUGUAACGGCCGCCGAAGGUAUGGAAGAGGAUGAAAGUGAAGAGGAGGAAGAGUAA